GUUGGCGAAAAAACAAGAAGGCGGUUGGUAGCCUAGCUAUCUGUGUUACAAGGAAGAUUCGUGGCUAAAUCAACGUAUGCUUGUCUUCUGACUUGUGCUGAAGUUGAGCAACAGAAAUGGAGGAGACCGGGGGAGUUGGUGGCGCUAGUGCGUACGGAGCUUCGCUCGCAGGCGGUGGCUUCGACUUUCAGAAGUUUGCUAAACAACCGCACACUAUCGUGCGCUUCUUGAGUUGGGUGAGUUUGACAAAGAAACACAGAGUAAUAACUUGAGUUACUUAUUGACUAGAAUGCUUCAAGGAAGUUGACACAGAGCCGUAACGUUAACAUAUUGGCUACCUGUCACUUUGUAUCAUUUCAAACGCAACUGAGCGAACUAUGCAGUUUGUGUUAAAUGUUGAUCUGGUCAUCCCCAAUAUUUUUAACCACAUAUAGCCCUUUAACUUCAUACUAGGCAAUGUGUUAUUGUCGACUCGUAUUCCUCUUGAUAGAUGUAUAAUGUUGCAGUUGAUGUCAUGACACUGCAAAGCACAGCUGCUCACGUGGACGUGCAACUGUUGCCAACCGGAUUGACAACAACAAUCAUGAUACUAUUGAAGCGGGAAUUAUUUGCAAUUCAUUGCAUUUUUGCCAUGAUAACUUGAUUAGGCCUAGCUAUGUGCCUAGGCUACACUUCCAACUAGGCUUACAUGGAGAUUCAUUGUGUCAUGUCACGCAUGGACUGACAAUGUAUUGAAGAGGUCACUAACACCCACACACAGACUGAGGGGAACUAACAAACCCCCAUGUGAUGCAUGUGGUAGCAGCAGGUGUUGUUAUUUAGAGCACACACACACACACACACACACACACACACACACACACAAAGCAGAAGUAUAUAUGAGACUAAAAGGAUUCACACACCUUGAACUAGGCUAGCUGAAGUGAAACUUAGUGAACACUGUUUCCACUGUCUGAUACAGUUGAGGUUAUUGGACAAAGGACGUAAUGGGACAACACUUCUGCAUUACGAGAUACCAGGGCCUGUUUGUCCAAUAAUGACAAUCACGCUCACAAAUUAAACUCUGAGAAAUAGUUUUUCUUCUCAACAUUAGGCCUAUUCUUUGAAAUAGCAAAAGAUUUUGGUUGGUAAUCAACAGCCAUGUUGUAAUGUGUCAUGUUGAUCCACCACAAGGCAGUGAGAGGUACUUUCCAAAAGAGGAAGAGAGAGACAGGCCUAAUGGUAGAGAUUGUAGUUUUAGGGAUCUUCCAGCGCGCAUAGACACCUGUGCACUUUUCAGAUACCCCCUAGGCCCUGUUCAGUAAUAUCUAACCAAGACCAGAUAUCCCUAGGCCCUGUUCAGUAAUAUCUAACCAAGACCAGAUAUCCCUAGGCCCUGUUCAAUAAUAUCUAACCAAGACCAGAUACCCCUAGGCCCUGUUCAAUAAUAUCUAACCAAGACCAGAUACCCCUAGGCCCUGUUCAAUAAUAUCUAACCAAGACCAGAUAUCCCUAGGCCCUGUUCAAUAAUAUCUAAUCAAGACCAGAUAUCCCUAGGCCCUGUUCAAUAAUAUCUAACCAAGACCAGAUAUCCCUAGGCCCUGUUCAAUAAUAUCUAACUAAGACCAGAUAUCCCUAGGCCCUGUUCAAUAAUAUCUAACCAAGACCAGAUAUCCCUAGGCCCUGUUCAAUAAUAUCUAACCAAGACCAGAUAUCCCUAGGCCCUGUUCAAUAAUAUCUAACCAAGACCAGAUAUCCCUAGGCCCUGUUCAAUAAUAUCUUGUAGCUACAUACCAUCAAGAUGUCUGUUGCUCAACAGUCUCCUCCACACAGAGACAUACACUAACAGAUAAUACCAGAGCCAUACUUUGUAAACCGUCAGUCUAGUUGGUCUGUAAGCCUGAGCAGUGUAGCGUACCAACUUGUAAACAGUGUAACACAGUAGGGGACUGCAACCUCAAUGGCAUCCUAAUGCCUUUAUAGUGCACUACUUUUGAUCAGGGCCCAUAGGGCUCUAGUCAAAAUAAGUUCACUAUGUAGUGAAUAGGUAGCCAUUUGGGACGCAGCCUAGGUCUGGACAGAAUGUGCCCUCUGUCGACACAACCCCGUCUCCUCCCCGCUCCCUAACGGUGGGAGCAGAAACGGGCAGGUGGGAGGUAAGGUGAUACCCUGUCUAGCCCCCCUCUCUCCAGUGCUGUCUCUGGCAGUGUCUUCCGAGGACCCUCUCGUACGCAGUAGAACACGCACUCGUCAUCACAUACACACUUGCUCAUACACGCGCACACACACGCUUGCUCGCACAAACACACUCACACACUCACACCAUUCUUGUAUGACAUGGCGUAGGGGUGUACAUCAACAGAGUGAAGGAAAUAACAUGUGGGUUAUCAUCUGUUGGUGCUCUCUCUCACACUGUUUCCAUCCUUUGUUUCUGUCUCUUCCAUCACUCUUCCUUUCCCUCAGUCAGCACUCUCUCUCUCCCUCUCUCUCUCUCUCUCUCUCUCUUCCCUCAGUCAGCACUCUCUCUCUCUGCUGUUGUUGAAUUCAAUUUCAAUUCAAAGGGGCUUUAUUGGCAUGGGAAAUGUGUUUAUAUUGCCAAAGCAAGUGAAAUAAACAACAUUCUCUCUCUCUCUCCCAUCACUUCCCUCAGUCAUCAGACUCACUCUCUCUCUGCUGUUGUUGAAUUAUUUCUGUCUCUCUGUUUCACUUUUCAGUUCUCUCUUUUUGGAACUCCCCAGUAACUAUCUGUACCAUUCUCUCUCUAGUUGUCUUUCUUUCACUGGAAAGAUACACUAUUUUCUCUCUCUCUCUUGUUCUUGCUCUCUCUUCCAUCCCAUUCUCAAUGGAAACUCCUCUCUCUCUCUCUCUUUGUCUCUCUCUCACUAAUAUUUGAAGAGGAAAAUGGUGGCAUCUCUGGUCACAAGUAUGUCCGUGCUGCUGGGUCACAUGGCGGUGGUGGACCAGUAAUACGACAGAGACUGGAACUGAACUGAAAACCGAGGCCUGGGUCCGGUUCAUUAGGCACCAAAUGGAGAAAAAAAACUAGGGACUUCCUGGACUCGUCCAAUAAGAAGUGUUCAUUUUCGUUUUCAGUUGUAAAAGGUUUUCCGUUGUCCUAACGAACACGACCCUGGUGUUGGCAUCAGACCCUAGUUCUUCUGUUCUCACAGUCAGUGGAAUGGAAAAAGAGAGAGCAUAAGUGGAUGCCGUCGCCUGUUAGAAUAUCUUUCAGAAGACUUCUCUUCUCCUCUCAUUGAAUGUUUCUACUGGCCCCAUCGUUGAUAGAUGACUAGAUGGAUAAAUAAGACAGAUGGACAAAUAAACAUGCAGGUCACAGUCAAAACAGUCUCCUCAAAACGGUCUCCUCAAAACAGUCAAAACAGUCUCCUCAACAGUCUCCUCAAAACAGUCAAAAUGAAACUUUCCUCUCUUUUCUUUCUUAGAUUUUUGCCAUCGUGGUCUUUGCCUGCAUCACGGCGGAGGGAUUUGUCAACAAGGCGCACAGCCACGAGGUGCAUUGCGUCUUCAACCAGAAUGACUCGGCGUGUCACUACGCCGUUGGCAUCGGUGUCAUAGGUAAGUAGCCUAGAGGUUAUGGGUUGCAGGUUCUAAUCCCAGUGCUGACUGGAAAAUGGUGUUGGGUGAAGUCACCCCCUAGAUGCUGAUCCUGGGUCAGUUAAGCAUUUCCCACACUAAUGGUUAGGAUUGGGGGAGGGGAAGCGGAUCCUAGAUCUGUACCUAGGGGAAACUUCACCCCUGAAAGGGAAAAAUCUGGUGAGGGUCGGGCGGCAACCAGGAUCCUAGAUGGCAUCUGCCGUUGUGCCCUGGGUUCAGAUAACAGAAAAAUACAAAUGUCAGUGUCUUUGUGACUAUCGACAAUAGAAAGUAUUUCUUUAUUCAGAGCUAUGGUGUAGUGUUGACACUCCCCGGCACAAGUCUCAUAAUACGACUCAUCAUACAAUCCCUGCCUCUUUUCUACUGUGUCUCCCACUUGCCUGACCACCCCCACCUCAUUUCCUGACUGCCUCAAUAAAGUAUCUCUUUAUUUCUCUAGCCUUCCUGGCCUGUUUUGGCUUCCUCUUAUUGGAUGCCUACCUGCCGCUGAUGAGCAACGCACAGGAGAGGAAGUACGCUGUCUUGGCCGACCUGGGAUUCUCAGGUAAGGGGAGGUCUGUGUGUCUCUGUGUGUGUGAACCUAGGGUUGUCGUGUGAGGAAAGAGCUUCCAGGCAUCGGUACCUGGGUCUUGUUCAUCAGAGCACCACAUGGAAGAAAACGGACUGAAACGGGGAGGGACUACAUUGAAUGGACAAUAAGAAAUGCUCAUUUUUGUUUUCCAUUGCUAAACUUUUUAAAAACAUUUUCAGUUGUGUGCCCUAAUGCACAUAACCCUGUAGGUAGUUGUAGUGUAAAUAAGUACAUUAUAUAUUCCUUGCUUCUUGUCUGUUUGUAUCAGGUGUGUGGACGUUCCUGUGGUUUGUGUGUUUCUGCCUCCUGGCUAGCCAAUGGGGUCGUACGUCUGACAUCAGAGGAAUCCCCCAGGACGCCGCCCGCGCCACCAUCGCCUUCUCUUUCUUCUCUAUCGCCACCUGGGUGAGGAGGACUGUCACUACAUCUAUAGCUGCCUUACUGGCUCUCCUUUACUACAGCUAUACUAUGGCCUGCUCAUAGCUUCACCACACUGACUGACUGAUGCAUUAACUGACUGACUGAUGCAUUAACUGACUGACUGAUGCAUUAACUGACUGACUGAUGCAUUAACUGACUGACUGAUGCAUUAACUGACUGACUGAUGCAUUAACUGACUGACUGAUGCAUUAACUGACUGACUGAUUCAUUAACUGACUGACUGAUUCAUUCAUUAAUUGAUUCCCCUUUGUCUCAACAGGGAAUCCUAACCUACUUCGCUUUGGGGAGAUACCGCCGCGGCGUCGCCGAUGUCACCCAGAACAUCUACGCCGAGCCUCCGCCGGAGCAGCACACCCCUUACCCUUCGACCUACGCCCCCUCGGCCUACACCCCCACCACCUACUCCCCGUACCCUUCCAGCGCCCCAGACGACUUCCAACAACCCCCCUUCACCCCC